AUGGCACCAAAGCGCGGACUCAAGCGUAAGGCUGCUGGCCCAGUCGACGCUACCGACAACUCCACCAACGGCAACGCCACCUUCAAAGUGCCUCGCCUCACUCCACCAGACCCGAAAACCUGGCCUGGCUGGGUCGAAGUCGAGAGCGAGCCGGUAAGCUCUCCAAUCAUUCGCCCCUUUUCUUCUUCCCAGCUAACAAACUCGCAGGCCUUUUUCAACCGCAUGCUCGAGCAGCUGGGCGCAAAGGGUGUCCAAGUUCAGGAAUUGUGGUCCCCGGAGGACCAGAUUCCAUUCCUUCCGUAAGCCUCUUCAAUGAUUCCGCCAAGCACUUUACUGACAGCCUCCCAGACAGCCAAUUCACGGCUUCAUCUUCCUGUUCCGGUAUCAGGACAGCGAUCAAGCUGAAGUUAGCGAUUCAUCCAACACCGACCAUGUCUGGUUCGCCAAGCAAGUCCCAGAUCAUGCCUGUGCUACAAUUGCCAUGCUCAACAUCAUCAACAACAUCCCUGCUCUCAUUGUAGGCCCAGAGCUUCGCAACUUCAAAGACGCCACCCGCGACCAGAGUCCGGAGGCUCGCGGCCAAGCCAUCAACAACUUCGACUUUGCAAGGCAGAUCCACAACUCUUUCGCCACCGAGAACGAUCUCCUCGAAGCAGACUUGCUCAUGCAACAGAAGCUCAAGAAGCGGUUGGCCAUCGAGAAAGCUCUUGCCACCAAGAGAGCCAAGAAGGAAGCCCACGAAAAGGCCCUUCAAGAUGCUGCAGCCGACGAGUCUCCCACCAAUGCCGAUCAGCAUCAGUCCAAUGAAGCAGCGCAGGACGCUGACAGCAAGUCCGACAAGUCUACCACCGAGACGCAUGAGAGCAAGUUCAUGGGACCUGCGCAGGACACCGAUAACAAGUCCGACAAGGCUACAAUCAAUGACGAUCAGAACACAUCCGCCGAAGCUGCGCAGGACGCCGCUAGCAAAUCUGACAAGUCUACCACCAAGCCGGAUCAGAGCACCUCCACGGAAGCCGCGCAGGGCACUGAUACCAAACCCGACAAGUCCACUACCAAUGACGAUCAGGAUCAGUCCAAUGUAACCACGCAGGACGCUCCCAGCAAAUCUUGCAAGCCUGCCACCAACGGCAAUGAGUCUACACCUCUUCGCAGAUCCUCGCGCAACAAGAAGUCUACUGAAGAUUCGGCAAACAACGCAGACGGCGCCUUCAACCCAGAUUCCAAGCGCAAAGCAAAGACCUCAAACAACAACCAGCCCGAGUCUGAGCCAAAGCCUGAUUCAGAGCAGUCAACCCCAACUCGCAAAUCUCUCCGCUCCAGGAAGCCAACCAACAAUCAAACUGCCGACACCAGCGCGACCUCUACCGCCAAAGCAGAGUCGACCACUGCCCAGAGGAACAAGAACAAGCGCAAGGCCGACGACGACAUCGACGCGCAUGAUGACAACGGAGACGCUCAGCCACGUCGCUCAGGACGCAGCCGCAAGAAGCCAAAGACCUACGCCGAUGAGGCCGGUGAUGAAGAGCCACAACUCGACGAGACGUUCGGAUUCCACUUCAACGCCAUCAUUCCCGUGCAGAACGACGUCGUCAAGGUCGAUGGCCUCGACCCUCAGCCAACCAUCCUCGGCUCAUUCGGCGCCGGCGAGAGCUGGGUCGACGCUGCUCUUCCUCACAUCCGCGCACGCAUGGCCCAGUUCCAGGGCAAGAGCAUCGAAUUCAAUCUCAUGGCCGUCAUCCACGACCCCAUUCUCGAGGACCGCCAAUUCCUCCUCGAGAAUGUGAAGAUGCUCCACGAGAUCGACACCAGGUUGGCCGCCAUUGUCGAGGACUGGUACGAGCUGGAGGGCGGGGACACGGCGCCGGCCCUCCUCACCGUCGACCGGCUUCCCAGCCUCGAAUUCGAGAUCUCGAGGGCGGACGUCGCCGCCAGUGGCGUGGCGGCCGACAAGAUGGCGGAGAUCGAGGGGCAGGCCGAGGACCUGCACGAGCUGCUCGUCCUCCGCAAGAGGGCCAUCUCUCGUCAGGGCGUCCUGCGCGAGAGCAUCUCCGAGGCCAUUGCGGCCAAGAGGAAUGCUUUCGCCCUGGCGAGGGAGAACCAGCUAAAGAACGAUGCCUACGGGCCGCUGACCGAGGAGCUGCUCAAGAAGCACGCCUCCAAGUAA